AUGGAGACAUACAAGGCGUCAAGUCCCAGCCAGCCUCGGGACACCACGCAGCUGCCCAGCCUGGAGAGACUGGACGGCCCGGCCCUUCCUCUGUUUCCCCUGCCGGCAGUUCGGACCAUGGGAGGCCCCCGCCGCCGCCGCCGCAGCUUCCUCCUUCUCCUUCAAGUGCUGGGUGUCUCGCUGAUUCUGUUGGAAGCUGGAUCCCAGAAAACCAGUGACUGUGCUCGCUGGUGCCCUCCGAAUUCCACGUGUGUCAAUGCCACCACCUGUCGCUGCUCCCCGGGAUUCAUUUCUUCAUCUGGGGAGAUCUUCACCAGCCGCUUGGAGAGCUGUGAUGACAUCAACGAGUGUGCACCACCUUCACUAGUAUCCUGUGGAAAAUUCGCCGAUUGCCAGAACACAGAGGGGAGCUACCAAUGCAUGUGCAGCCCAGGAUAUGAGCCUGCUUCUGGGGCAAGAACAUUCAGGAAUGAGAGUGAGAACACGUGUCAAGACGUGGACGAAUGUCAGCUGAAACCCCGAAUCUGUAAAAGCCGCGGCAUCUGCACCAACACCCAGGGCAGCUACACCUGCAAGUGCCCGCCCGGCUUGGAGCUCAGCCCGGGCGACCCGAAUCUGUGCACAGAUGUGAAUGAAUGCAGGUCGGGGCAAAACCCAUGCCACAAAUCCACCCACUGCCUCAACAACAUUGGGGGCUAUCAGUGCCGCUGUCGCCCUGGAUGGAAGCCAGUUCCUGGGUCCCCCAAUGGCCCCAAGAACACCACCUGUGAAGAUGUGGAUGAGUGCAGUUCUGGGCAGCCUACGUGCCACGAGUCCACCGUCUGCAUCAACACCGUGGGCUCGUACAAGUGCCACUGUCACCGGGGCUGGGAGCCCAAACCCGGAUUCCAGAAUAAGCAGCCCAACACCACCUGUGAAGCCCCUGCAGAGAUGUCCUUCCCCACCUGGACCCCACCCCCUGGAAUCAAGAGCCAGAGCAUGUCCCACUUCUUUGAAAGAGUCCAAGAACUACACAGAGACUUCAAGCCAGCCUUGGCUCAGGGCAUCAUGCAGGACCUCAUCAAGUCAGUGGAUGAGAUGCUGGAGGCCCCCAACGACCUGGAGACCCUGCCCCCACAUAAUAGGCACCUCAUGGCCACCCACUUCCUCUUGGGCUUCGAAGCAGUCCUGAGGACACUGGCCAAGGCCAUGCCUGGAGCCUCCUUCACCUAUCUCUCCCCUUCGAACACAGAGCUAUCCCUGAUGAUCCAGGAGCGUGGGGAUGGAAACAUCACCAUGGGUCAGAGCCAUGCACGGAUGCUGCUGGACUGGGCUGUGGCGACUGGAGACAACGAUUCGGGCCCCACCGUGUUGGGUAUCCUCUCCAGCCGCAACAUGCAGAAAUUGCUAGCCAACGCCUCCUUGGAGCUGGAGCCUGAGAAGAAAGUUGAGCUGAACAAAAUCCACCAGAGUCUUUUCCGCAGUGCCAAGCCUAGGCUCCUCUCGGCAGUCAACUUGGUCUUUCUGAGCAACACAAAGACAGAGAAACUCAACUCCCCCGUCACCUUUGCCUUCUCCCACCAGGUGAGUAUUCAGCCAGAGACACCUGGGCCACGGCAGGAGCUGAUCUGUGCAUUCUGGAAGAGUGACGGCAACAGCAGUGGGCACUGGGCCAUGACAGGCUGCCAGACCCUGGGCACCGGGAAUGGCAGCACCACCUGCCGGUGCAACCACCUGAGCAGUUUUGCGAUCCUCAUGGCCCACUAUGACAUACAGGACCAGAAGCUGGCCCUGAUCACCAAGGUGGGGCUGGUGCUGUCGCUAGUCUGCCUGCUGCUGUGCAUCCUCACCUUCCUGCUGGUGCGGCCCAUCCAGGGCUCGCGCACCACCGUGCACCUGCACCUCUGCAUCUGCCUCUUCGUGGGCUCCGCCAUCUUCCUGGCGGGCAUCGAGAACGAAGGCGGCCAGGUGGGGCUGCGCUGCCGCCUGGUGGCCGGACUACUGCAUUACUUCUUCCUGGCCGCCUUCUGCUGGAUGAGCCUCGAGGGAGUAGAGCUCUACUUCCUGGUGGUGCGCGUGUUCCAGGGCCAGGGCCUGAGCAAGUGGCAGCUCUGCCUGAUCGGCUACGGGGUGCCCCUGCUCAUCGUAGCCAUCUCCGCGGCCAUCAACAGCGAGGGCUAUGGCCGCACCCUCUAUUGCUGGUUGCACCCAGCCCGUGGCUUCCUCUGGAGCUUCCUGGGACCUGUGACCUUCAUCGUUCUGUGCAAUGCUGUGGUCUUUGUGACUACUGUCUGGAAGCUCACUCAGAAGUUUUCGGAGAUCAACCCAGACAUGAAGAAACUAAAGAAGGCCAGGGUGCUGACCAUCACGGCUGUGGCUCAGCUCUUUGUGCUGGGCAGCACCUGGGUCUUCGGCCUCUUCCUCUUCACCCCGCAGAGCUGGCUGCUCUCCUACACCUUCACCAUCCUCAACUGCCUGCAAGGUCUCUUCCUCUUCGUGCUCCACUGCCUGCUCAACAAGAAGGUGAGGGAGGAGUACAGAAGGUGGGCCGGCAGGGUCACGGGGAACAGGUACUCGGAGUUCACCACAUCCACAUCCGGCACCGGCCACAAUCAGACCCAGGCCCACAGGCCCUCCGAGUCCGGUAUGUGACAGCACGGGUCUGGCCAGGCCCGGAGCUCCCGUGGCCUCAGCAGCUUUUGCACGUGCUAAAGACUGUCCCCUCCUCCUUCACCACUCCAUUCCCUCUGCCCUCCUGCCUUGGCCCCCACGUGCAUCAUAGAAAGCAGGGGGCAGCAGCUGUAGUCUGGCACCGAACCCCAGAACACCCAGCCAGGUGGAGAGCUGGGACCUGCCAGGCCUGCUUCUGGCGGCCUCUCUGCAGCGCUCCAGCCGGGACCUAACGUGAGGGCAGCAGCUGGCCCGGGGCUACAGCCCCUGUUCCUGCUACACAGGCCUGGACAGACAAGACCGAGGACUCCUGUGCCUGGCCUUUCCCCUCAUCUGUCUGCCACAGAACGAGACGCCAG